AUGUUGCUUGUGUAUCUACUUGGCUGCCUUGCCGAGAUAAUGGAGCAGUGCGAGCCUAUCAAUGAGGGAUAUGUGCUUACCAAGUACUUUACGCAAUGGUGUCCUGCGUGCCAAGGGAUAGCACCGAUUAUUGAAGAGAUCAGCAACAAGAUAGAUAGGCACCAGGCAAAUCUGAAGAUUAGAAGCACCGACUGUGACAAGUGUUCCUGUCCAAACAUCAAGGCUUAUCCGACGCUUGAGUUGUCGAAAGAUGGGGAAGUCUUGGAAAGGCUGGAGGGAGGACAGGACUAUAAUGCAAUAGUAGAGUUUAUUAUGAAACACACUGGGAUUGAGAGGAGUGUAUUUGACGGGCACCGUGAGCAGAAGGAGGCGGCAGUUAGGAAGUUGACCAGGAACGACUUCCUGAGUGGGUUUGACGGGCCCCAUGUGGUUCUGUUCUAUUCCAGGGAGGAUGACAAGUACAGAGAGAUAUUUAAGGAGCUUGCAAAGAUCUAUGAUGGGAAGCUGAAUAUCGGAGAGAUUGAUAGCGCCGAGUCUGCAGAGUUUGUCAACAGGUAUGACAUUAGAUCUUAUCCCUCCAUAUCUGGAAUCUUUAACGGGCUAGUUGUGCCCUUCAUUGAGAAGGAGAAGGAGCCCAGUGUGCUCAGCCUUAUUGAAUUCUGCGACAAGCUCAUUGAGCCAUCUUUCAGCAGCUUGUCUCUUGACAAGUUCAAUGAGCUAGCGUCGAAUCUUGAGCCGGGAGAGCCCAUCUAUGUUGUGUUCCACAAGAACGUUGCUCUAGCCAAUGCAUAUUUCCAGAGAAUGGCACAUAUGUACAAGUUUAGGGCCCGUAUAUAUAGAUCUGAUGAUCAAGCGUUAUUUGAAAAGGCAUCCAUAUUCCCCAAGGCUCUGGGCAGUGGGUCUGAUUCGUCCACUAGUCCAAACCAUGCGGAUGCUGUGAUUCUCUCUGUAUACAAGAAUGGGAUCUUCUAUAGAUACACAGAUACCUUUGGAGACGAGGCAAAGAUAACGGACUGGAUAUUCCAUACGCAUUACAAGUACUUGACAAGAGUCGAUAACCACAACUUCUAUUCUAUAUUCCACGGCCUUAAGCCGGUGAUGAUACUGUUGACAAGAGGAGAAGAGUUUGUAGGAAAGAUGAAUGAGUUCAGUGCGGACAGGCAUCUGGGCGUUCCAUACACAGACAUGAUAUUUGCCACCAUGGAAAUUGACGAGUAUCCCCUGUUCAUUCCAACACUGCUCCCAAAGCUGUCUACACCUGCACUGAUUGUGUUUGAGCCCUGGGCAAACCUAUUCCGGCAUAAGAAAGUCAAGCUUACAGAAGACAACUUCAUUUCUGCAGCAAUGGAUACCUACACUUUGUACCAGAAAAACAGCCUUCCCCUUUACCCGCCAAAGUCCCGCAGCCUUCUCAGAUAUUGUGUGUUUGGUGGAUUGGCUCUUGCUAUUGGGCUAUACUGCUCUUCAAAGACAAGCUUUGCAAAGAAGAAUAAAUAA